CUGGGAUUUCGCAAGGUUGAGUACUCGCGCUUGAAGGAAGCCAAGGAAGCAAGCAAGCGCGAGAAUUUUGGAACUGAAAUGGCCCUUCAGCAAGGAAGGGCUUGCCUGGGCACAAAAUGUGGUUAUUACGUGUUUGCGCCUGGGCGACACGGCAAGACCGAGUUUCACCUCAAAAAGGGUUACGUGGAAGGAAUUGAAGAGAAUGUGACCGAAAUAACGAUGAGAUAUGGUGCUCUAGGAAUUAAGCGAGCGCCGAGAUAUGUGGUGCUCGAAGAAUUAAAUGAGCGCCGAGAUAUGGUGCUCGAAGAAUUGAGCGCUGAAAUAUGUGAUGCUCGAAGAAUUGAAUGA